AUGGCAGUGCGUGAGGCCCUGGUGCACAUCAGAGUCACUCUUCUGCUGCUCUCAUUUGGAGUGUCUUUGUUCAUUUCUGACCACUCUCAAGCCAGGGCCUCCCAGCACUUCUCCUCUCCAGAACUGGUGAUCCCCUUGAAGGUGACUGGCAGGGGCAGAAAUGCAAAGGCUCCAGGCUGGCUCUCCUACAGCCUGCGGUUUGGGGGCCAGAGACACAUUGCCCACAUGAGGGUCAAGAAGUUCUUGGUUUCCAGACACCUCCCAGUGUUCACCUACACAGACCAGUGUGCCCUCCGCCAGGAUCAGCCUUUUGUUCCUGAUGACUGCUACUAUCAUGGUUAUGUGGAGGGGGUUCCUAAGUCCCUGGUUGCCCUCAGUACUUGUUCUGGAGGUUUUCGAGGAAUACUACAGAUAAAUGAUCUUGCUUAUGAAAUUGAACCAGUUAGGUUUUCUGCCACAUUUGAACACCUGGUGUAUAAGAUAGACAAUGAUGAUACACAGUUCCCACCUAUGAGAUGUGGGUUAACAGAAGAGGAAAUAGCACGCCAGUUGGAGUUGCAAGAGUUGCAUAAUUUCACUCUGAUGCAAAGUUCUUACACAGGCUGGUGGACCCACUUGCGUUUUCUUGAGUUGGUAGUGGUUGUGGACAAUCUUCGAUUCAUUCACUCGGAAAGUAAUGUGUCAGUAGUGCAGCGUGAAAUACUUGAUGUUGUCAAUGUAAUAGGUAGCUUGUAUCACUCUUUGGAACUUGAUGUAAUUUUAACUGGGCUUGAAGUCUGGACUGAAGGAAACCCAGUUCCCAUCGAUAACAUAGAUAAGCUUUUGGAGGAUUUUGCUGUUUGGAAGUAUUUUAACCUUGAUGACCGACUGUCACAUGAUGCGGCCCAUCUUUUCAUAAAAAAAUCAUUUGGCAUAAAGCUUGGACUUGCCUAUGUUGGUGGAAUAUGCCAGCGUCCUUUUAAUAGUGGAGUUAAUGUUUUUGAAGACGAGAGUCUGUAUGCUUUUGCAAUUGUUGUGACCCAUGAACUUGGUCAUAAUUUAGGUAUGCAGCAUGAUACUGAAUGGUGUGUGUGUGAACUUCAGUGGUGCAUAAUGUUUCCUGCCAGAGAGGUGACAAAUAAAUUCAGCAACUGCAGUUAUGCCGAGUAUUGGGACAAUCUUAUCAGUAAUGGAUUAUGUCUUUACUCUCCUCCACAUCCAGGGAAUAUCUUUAGGCUGAAGUAUUGUGGGAACCUAGUGGUCGAAGAAGGAGAGGAGUGUGACUGUGGAACCAUAGAACAGUGCAUAAAUGAUCCCUGCUGUCUGUUGAAUUGCACUCUGAAGCCUGGAGCUGCUUGUGCUUUCGGGCUUUGUUGUAAAGACUGCAAGGUCAUGUCAUCAGGGACUUUGUGCAGAAAACAGAUCAGUGAAUGUGACCUUCCAGAGUGGUGCAAUGGGACAUCCCAUCAGUGCCCAGAAGAUGUAUAUGUGCAGGAUGGGAUUCCCUGUAGUGAUGGUGCCUACUGCUAUCAAAAGAGCUGUAAUAACCAUGAUGAACAGUGCAGGGAGAUAUUUGGCAAAGAUGCAAGGAGUGCACCUCAGAGUUGCUACAAAGAAAUCAACACCCAAGGAAAUCGAUUUGGUCACUGUGGUAUCAAAGACACACAAUACGUAAAAUGUGCAUCCCCUGAUAUCCUGUGUGGGAGAGUUCAGUGUGAAAAUGUGGGAGUAAUUCCUAAUCUGAUAGAACAUUCCACAGUGCAUCAGCUUCACUUCAAUGACACCACUUGUUGGGGCACUGAUUAUCAUAUAGGGAUGUCCAUAUCUGAUAUUGGUCAAGUGAAAGACGGCACAAUGUGUGGUCCAGGAAAGAUAUGUAUCCAUAACAAGUGUGUCAGUAUGGCUCACGUGCCGCAAGCCUGUCAGCCUGAGACCUGCCACAUGAAGGGGAUCUGCAAUAAUAAACAACAAUGUCACUGCAAUCCUGGAUGGGCACCUCCCUACUGCGAACACCAAGGCAAUGGAGGUAGUAAUAGUAGUGGCCCACCUUUUAAUCCCCAAGCAGAAGAGACAGGACUGAAGAAGGGAAACCAGCCAUUAUUGUGGUUUAUUCCUUUGACUUGUUUAUUUUUAUGUUGCAUCCUUGUGCUUUGUAAGAAACAUAAAAAGAAGAAGGAGGCAGAAACGAUGGAAGAAAAAGAGACUGAGGAGGAAGAAGGUGACUAA